UGCCCUGCCCUGCCCUGGCCGGACUAGCUCUCCACCAGCAGCAUGAACCUCCACUCGGGCAGGGCGUCCGUGGCCAUGCUGCGGAUGAUGGGCUGUGCUAACGGGCGCUCUGCUCGGCAUGUCCUCCACAGUGACUGCGUGGUGGACGAGAAGACGGUGGUGCUGCAGAAGAAGGAGAACGAGGGCUUCGGCUUCGUGCUGCGCGGGGCCAAAGCGGACACGCCCAUCGAGGAGUUUACUCCCACACCUGCCUUCCCCGCCCUGCAGUACCUGGAGUCGGUGGAUGAGGGAGGAGUAGCGUGGCAGGCGGGACUCAGAACGGGGGACUUCCUCAUAGAGGUAAACCAGGAGAACGUGGUGAAGGUGGGUCACAGGCAGGUGGUCAACAUGAUCCGACAGGGAGGAAACCGGCUCCUCAUCAAGGUCGUGACAGUGAGUCGGAAUCUGGACCCAGACGACACGGCGCGCAAAAAAGCUCCUCCACCACCAAAGAGAGCCCCCACCACUGCCCUGUCAAUGCGCUCCAAGUCCAUGACCUCUGAACUGGAGGAACUUGUGGAUAAAGCCACUCUAAGGAAAAAGAAAGGUGACAAAGUUGAAGAGAUGUCACAUGCCCAGAAGAGCUCACCUGUCGAUAUGAAGAUCGCUACAAUCAAACCACGCCCCUCCAGUCGCUGCUUGGUUACGGCCGCUGAUAUGAACUCCAUGUAUCAUGAUCGCCAGGGAGUAGCGGUGGUUCCACCUACUGUGCCAGGAGCCUUCCUGGGGAUACCUGAGAAGGGCACGAUCAAAAAGCAAAAAUCAAUAGGUUCAGAAGAACAGGGAUUCCUCACGCCUCCCCUACUCAAGUUCUCCCGCAGCCUCUCUAUGCCUGACACCUCAGAGGACAUCCCUCCUCCCCCAGCCAUUUCACCCCCCUCACCACCUGCCUACAACUCAACUCCUGGCCCUACAGGCAAAGGCUACGGCACCACAAGACCCAGCUUCCUUCAGAACUCACCCAAUGCAGUGACGACCAUUAGCCGUAACACGGAUGUUGGUACGUUGAGGCGUGGCUAUUUUCGCCAGAGCUCCGAGCAGUUUGAGAGCCCACGUACUCGAGGUCGCACACCAGUGCCUGAGAACCCUUACUCUGAGGUGGGUAAUAAGACUCUGUAUGUGCCAGCAAAACCAGCUCGAAGGAAGGGCAUGCUAGUAAAGCAGUCCAAUGUUGAGGACAGUCCAGAGAAAACAUGUCACAUGCCAGCAAGCCCCUCAGGCCCAGUUUCCAUGCCUACUACACCUGUAGAACGAACAUGCUCAUCCAUCCCCAUACCCACAAUCAUUGUCAAGGAGCCUUCCACCAGCAGCAGUGGCAAGAGCAGCCAGGGUAGCAGUAUGGAGAUUGAGCCCACCACCCCUGAACACCCAUCUCUUACGCCCACUGUUAGUGGAAGUGGAGGUCUGCGUCCUGAAGACACACUUCACUCUUUAAGCAACCCUUUUGCUGCUGCUAUUGCUGGGGCAGUACGGGACAGAGAGAAAAGACUAGAGGCAAGAAAGAGCUCAAUUGCCUUUCAGUCAAUAGAUAUUGGGGAUGAUGAAUUUAGUAGUCCAGCACCAACCCCUCGCCUGCGCCAGUCAAAGUCCAUUGAUGAAGGCAUGUUCAGUAGCGAUGAGCGACUUCGAAGGAUAUUGGCCCCUCCCACAGAAAGACUUGGUCGUCCUGUUGGGGGUGGUAGUGGAAACAUGACUGAUUUUAAUACUCCUGAGCCCACAGUUGUGCGGGAACCUCUUAACACCAGAACAGGCCAGUGUCCCAACUUGGAUAGCCCUGUUAGUCUCCCAGCCACUCCUAAGAGCCACUACAGGGCCAAUGGAACCUACCUCCACCCUGUAACAGGCAAACCCUUGGAUCCAAAUUCUCCUUUAGCCCUUGCUCUGGCAGCUCGUGACCGGGCCAUGAAGGAACAACAGAACAAUCCUCAGAAUCAGCCACCAAAUCCUCCUCAGGUUCAGCAAACCCCAAAACACGAAGCACAGUCCCUUCCAAUUCAGUCAAGCCACAAACCAGACCUCAACCAACCUCUUUUUAUUGACACCAAACUACGCUCUGGGAUUGAGACAAGUUUUGCUGCAAUUUCCUCAGCAACCAUGGGGCGACCAGGCCGAGGCGGCCUGCGGAGGCAGAUGACAGAACAGAAGUAUGAGUCUGAUGGCGCAAGGGAAGAGCGGCAGCAUCAAGCUGUUGAGGAGAGAAAAAGUGCACCAGCAGAUGUGACAGACACAUCACAACUCAAAUCAGCCGGGUUAUUAAUGGUCCACACCAGCACAGAAGCGAGCAACAAGGCUAACAGCCCAGAGGUGGAGGGUCAGGACAGCAACAGGCCAUCUGAGCUGAAGGACCCCAACCAACCUGAUCCUCACAAUCCUUCAACAUUCUCCUCAAAUCCCCAGCCACCUUCAUCGCGGAGGAGCAUUCCAUUAGGUGAAUCCAUGGAAGAACCAGUAAAGCUGCCAUUCCGCAUCCCUCCACCCCCUCUGGCCUCUGUUGAUAUCGAUGAGGAAUUUGAAUUUACUGAGCCCCUUCCUCCUCCACUGGAGUUUGCCAACAGUAUUGACAUUCCUGAUGACCAGGCCAGUGCCAUUGCAGAGUUGCUUAAGCAACAGAGACGCAAUGGAGGACCUUUAUUACCUCCAUAUCAUGCACACGCCCCGCCACCUGUAACUGACAAACGUAUGGCAAACAGUAUGCCCCCCUCAUAUCCUCCUCCUCCACCUGACCCAGAGUCAGGGGUGGGUGACUCGGGCAUUGAAGAGGUAGACAGUCGCAGUAGUGGGGAUCCUCAGCACAUGGAGACCACCAGCACAGUUUCCAGCAUCUCCACUCUAUCGUCAGAAGGAGGCUUUUGUGACAGCGCUCUGGAGAGCCUCUAUGCCACCGCAGAUGGACAUGCCUUCCUGGUGGAUCGGCCCCCUGUGCCACCCAAACCCAAGGGCAAGUCUGUCAUCAACAGAACAUCACUUUACCAUGAUGCUCUCAUUGAAGAGCCCCCAGAAUCCUAUGGUUCACCAUCUCAGGCGCCUCCACCGUCAUCUGCUGAACCUCCUAGGACUCCCAAUCAAAGGACAUCCAAGCUGUGGGGCGAUCAGCCCCCUGAGCUGUGCAGCCCCCCAUCUACACCGGACAACAAGAACACCAUUAUUACUGAACUGAGCUCUAUUCUGCAGCAAAUGAAUCGCGACAGGCCAUCCAAGCCAGGAGAGAGCCUUGAUUCCCCUACUGGGACCAGGGGAGGUUUUGGCACAAGGCCUCCCCCAGAAGACUCAGGAAUGCGUAAUCACGCUGCCGCUGCUGCCGCCCUCGCCUCCACGCCACCCAGCAGCCUCCCGUCCCAGCCGCACCCCUGCAGCCCCCCAGACUCCGCCUCCUCCCUCACCCCCUGCUCCUCACUGCCGCCCUCCGUGUCGCCCACCCUCACAGAUGUCUUCGGCCUGCCCACUCCACCCAUGGGCAGCGGCGGCGGCUACAGCCUCAGCUCCUCGUGCGGUGGCAGCGGCAGCUCGCGCUCCCCUUCGCCGCUCACGCUGAUGCAGGCCGUGGCAGCCUCGGGCAAACCCUUCGCCUCCAAACCCAUGGAGCUGUGGAGCAAACACGACGUGGCAGACUGGCUGGAGAGCCUCAACCUGGGAGAGCACCGGGACGCUUUCCUGGACAAUGAGAUCGAGGGUGCUCAUCUGCCCUCGCUGCAGAAGGAGGACCUGAUAGACCUGGGCGUGACAAGGGUGGGACACCGCAUGAACAUCGAGCGGGCCCUCAAGCUGCUGCAGGACAGAUAAGCCCGAGGACACGGGGUGAUGGCGUACAGAGUCAGGGCCAAGGAGACAGAGGUUUCCUUCACUUUAACCGAUCUCUUCAUCAACAUAAUCUCAAGUCCUGGAUCUGGGUAGAAGUUUUGUCCAAGUUGAUGCUGCCUCUUGCCGUUUUUUGUCCUCUCUCAUCCUACGUUGUCACCCUCAUCUCAGUGCUCCGGUCUCGUCCAUCCUCUUCUUCCCUCCCUGCGAUCUGAGCAUCAGGGGAUUAUGGGAUGUCUGGAGAAACUGAAGGGGGAGCUACGUCAUGUCGUGGAGAGAGCGAAAGCAGAGGACUGUCCAGAAGACGAAACACUCUGGAAUAGUUUGUCCUCAAACACUCGUCUGGAAGUUUAUUUCACACACAGACUUGUGCUCUCACCCGACUGCUUUGGAAUACUAAAGACUUUUUCCAUAUGCCCCAGUGUGGGUGCAUGAAAAACCAGCUGAGCUGGUCGUUGCUCCUUUUCUAUCUUUGCUAGAAUUUGUUCAGAGAAUAAUAUUUCUUCACUAGAGUUCUGCCGGAGUUAUAUUUCUGGUUGCAUCUAAAGUUGUAGAGACAAAAAAAUUGAGAUAGACUCUUUUUUUUUCUUGCUUUUCACUUGUUUGUGUCAA